GCACGCGCUAAAUUAGAAUUGUUUUGUUGACGUUAGUAUAGCCUCCCUAAUUACUACAAUAACUACAUAUAUACAUGCUUUGGUAUAUUUUGAUAAUUUUUCCGAAAUAGUUCGAAGAACUCUUUCAGCGAUUGGAAGAACGCUGCAAUACCCAAGGGAUCGUUCGAUAUACCAUCACAACGACAGACAGCAGACGUUGGUCGAGAACUGCAUUGAAUGCUGAAGCAGACGACAACUCAGCAAAAGAAAAUUAACAAUUUAACAAAAGAUGGACAUAAAAGCUUUCAUGCAGUGUAAGAAACCAAGGCGAUCCGGCAGAUUGGAAGGAAAAGAAAAAGCAGAGACCAAAUCCAAAGAAUUACGGCAAAACCCUUUAGGAUACUUUGACAUGCUACCAAUAGAAUUGAAAUUUCAUGUUCUUCACUUUCUAAAUGUUGAAGAAUUAAGUGUGCUAACCAUUACAUCAAAGUCAAUGAGAAAUUUGAUCGAAGGCUACCGAGUACUUACACCAGCUAUGCAGGAGAUAUUAGCAAAAAUUCAUACACAGAGUGCAUGUCUACCAGUUCCUGUUAAGAAACAGUCUGAUGUCAUCAGGACAUUCCAGCAAAUGGGGCUUCUUAUGAAACGGUCAACAUGUUUAUAUUCUACAAGAGAUCGCCUGAAAUUUGUGACUGAAGUUCUUACUAAAAUUAUGUGUUCAAAUUCUGACAAAUGUGAAAACUUAGCUGGAUGUAUUGCACUGAACUGCUUUGGAAAGUUCCUCCAUACUGUGAUAGCAGGAUGGGAUGAUUCUGAGUGUCUGAGGGUCUUUGAUGCAGUGUGUCACCAUACAGCAAUUUUGAAAAAUGUUAAGAUUAUUGUCAAUUCAAAACCAGGAAAACAUACCCAGAUGGAGUUUCAGAUCAGAGCCUUCUUCAGGCGUGUGUUUGUAGACCACUGUCACACAGUUCAAGAUCGAGCCUUUUGGCUUAGUCGGAUUCUAAAGCAGUGGCCAAUGGUACACCAGGCUAGACUUCUGUAUGUUCUCUAUGGCCCUGCUGUCGAAGGAGAAGUGUUGUGGUAUGAUGUUUGUGAGAGUUCACCAUACAACUCGGAGCAGUCUGCAGCACAUUUCAAUGAACUGGCCAAUGCCCUACAGGUACUCCACUGUUACCCACAGGAGUGGUCAGAGGAUGACAUCAUCAGUGUCCUUGAUGAACUUACAAGUCUCCCAGACGAGUGGCUUGCAGAGAAUAUUGCUCAUCUGCUGAUCUUGUGUGGAGACAACAUCACCUCCAGGUUACUGGUCAGUAAAGCUAUCAAUGGAAGGAUUCGGGAGCUGGCCAGCAUCACUACCUCAUUCUGUGUGGUGUGUGUGAAGAGCAGUUUCAGUCUGUCUUAUGCGAUGACCGUAGUGCAGAUUAUUGUGGACACAUUAGAAAACCCAAAAGACAGACAGAGCUACUUCAAUAAUGUCGUGGAAAUGUUCAAAGAACUCAUCUUGGAUACUCAUGAGUUCUCAGAUCCAGACGACACACAUGAAAACGAGAUGUUCUUUCUGGUCACAGCUAUGUCAGAGUUCACCAAGAAGGUCAUUCAUGUAGCCUACAAGCCACUCCUGUCCUAAUACAGCAUGGACAAAAAAACAUGACCUUUGAGACUUGACUUAAGAUUAAUGCUUUCAGAUUUGGAUCCUGCAAACUGUGAUUUAUAAGAUUUUGUUGAGACGCAGGAGUGUAGCAAAUCUCAUUAGCUGGGUGACACAUUUUGGUUUAUCUAUUUUAUCUUUUAGCUGGGUUUUUUCUUAAAUACUGAAAUAACUUAUUCAAUGCAUAUUUUGCAAGAUACAUUGAAACCGCAGAUACUAGCCUCGUCUCUCAAUGUACACCUAUAAUAUAAACAUAGGUGUAUUGACAGACGAGCCUAAUAUAUACCUGUGGUGAAACCUGCUUAACCUACAAACCCUUCUUUUGAUCAUCCUGCCAUAAUCAACAUACAGCUCUUAUCAACCUUUGUAUUCUGACACGCUGUCUUCCAAGCAAUUUGUUGGAUCCCACACAAUGUCUGAUUGGACAAGUUUCAAUGUAUCAUAUUCUUUAACAAUUUGUGAGAAGAUCUAUUUCAAAUUUACCUUCUGCUUUAAACUAUUUGUAGAUGGUAUCUUACAGACGAUAGCUAACUGAUGAUAUUUCUUUCAUGAAUAUUAGUUUUGAUGGAUAAGUUAGUGAAAGAGAAUUUGUGAUAAUAUUUUAUAAAAUAUAGUGAUUAAAAGCAUUAAAAUUCAAACAAAAUAUGGAAGUCUUAGAGCAAAAUGAUUUUCCUGAAAGAUAUUAACAGGAAAUUCUGAUAUUUUCAUGAAUAUUUUUUUUAUUCUUGUUUGAAUUUUUAAAUGAGUUGUUGAGCUAAUGACUUGAUACAACUGGUUUCUGGUCUGUAUUGUUGUUGAAUACUUGUUUAUCAGAAUUAUACAAUUACAUCCGGUACAUGUAGGUAAUGAUCUGUGAUUCUAUAAUGAUUGAACAUGUGAAUUUGAAAACUAUGUGCUCUUCAGCUGUGAUUAUUUUUAUAUCUAACUUAUUUCUUGCGAUUAUGAGAUGUGAAGUAAACAUUAUUUAAAAGAAAUGUUCAGUACGUGAUACAUGUAUGUGGUUGUGUACUAGUGUGAAUUUGAGAGUGACACUUGACAAAUAUCAGUUGAUUUCAUUAGAAAAAAGACUUUGAAGUAUUUGGAGAGAAUAAAGGAAAAAUGUUGUUUCUUUGCAAAAUUGAAGAUUUGAAAGUGAUA